AUGACCACCGUCGUCGGCAGGCUCGUGCAGCUCGGCGCGAGCGGCGAGGUCGAUCGCGCUUUCGACAUCGCGGAUAAGGAGCUCACCAUCGGGAGGCAGAUUGGGUGCGAUGUGCACCUCAAGUACGCCGCCAUUUCCAGGCGCCACGCCACCGUCGCGGUCCAGAGCGGAGGCUCGGCUCUGCUGAAGAACAUGAGCAAGACCAACCCGGUAAUGCUCAACGGCGUCAACGUAUCCGAGGAGGGAUCCGAGCUCAAGCACGGGGACGAGGUCGUGUUCCCCCAGGGCGAAUCCGAGCGCCUCGUGUUCCGAUACGAGCUCGUCGAUGCCGCGACGGGCGAGGUGCUCGGCGCGGUCAAGUCCUUCGGAUCGCCCAGCCCCGCCAAGUCCCCCGCCAAGUCCCCCCUCGGCGAGCGCAACGGCGAGGCCAUGGAGGCCAAGUCCCCCGCCAAGCCCGCGAGCGCGAAGAAGGCGGCCACGCCCGCCAAAUCCCCGGCCAAGUUCCCCGUGAAGGCUCCCACGCCCAAGUCCGCGGCCAAGUCCCCGGCCAAGGCGAAGACCCCGGCGGGACCCACCCCCCACACCAAGGCGGCCAGGGAACUCGUGGCGACCACGGUGGAUAACCUCGUCAAGGCGCAGGCCAAGUCACCCGCCAAGUCGCCCAAGAAGUCCCCGAUGAAGGCUCCAACGCCCAAGUCCGCGGCCAAGUCCCCGAUGAAGGCUCCCACGCCCAAGUCCGCGGCCAAGUCCCCCAAGUCGGUGGAGCCCACGCCCCACACCAAGGCGGCGCGCGAGCUGGUCGAAGCCGCGAUCGAGUCCAUCGAGAAGGCUGAGGCGACCAAGUCUCCGAUGAAGUCUCCCAAGAAAUCCCCGGCUAAGAAGGCUGUCGGCUUCGCGGCGUCCCCGAUGAAGUCCCCGAUGAAGUCCCCGAUGAAGUCCCCCCUCGCGGAGAACAAGGCGCUCGCGUCCGUCGCGGCUGCCGCCGCCUCCCCUGCUAAGCUGUCUGCCUCCCCGGCCCGACCCUCGCUCAAGGCUCCCGAGCAGCGCAUCGGCGCGCAGGUGCCCGGGAGCGUCAACAGGCGCAAGUCUCUCCGAUUUGCCAACGACGAGGUCAUGGAGCAGGUGCGCAUCAUCCCCGCGCACAACGGCGAGCCCGAAGUUUGCGGCCGCAUCGCGCCCAACGAACACAAGGACCUCUCCGGCGUCAAGCGCCAGAGAAGCCCCAACAGGAGGUACUCCGACAUCGCCGAGUCCCCCGCGAUGAGCAAGGAUGACGGCCCCGACUCUGAAGUCAAGGCUAACAGGAUCGGCGACGUCGGCCACACCGGUCCCAUACCCAAGUUCACCGCCAAGACCGGUUCCUCCCCGGCCAAGUCCGGGUCCUCCAAGAAGCGCGUCUCCAUCAACUCCCCAAUCUCCACCGGCGGAUCCAAGCGCCAGGCGGUCUCCUUCGCCAUCGGCCAGGCUGAGGUCACCGACGACGUCGCGGGAACCCCCGCGCGCAAGUCCUCCGGGUUUAAGAAGCGCAAGGGUACCCCCGCGCCCCCGUCCAGGGUGAGCGAGAUUGACGAGGACGAGGAGGACGAGGACGAGGCGAUGAUGGGGGAGAACGACGAGAACGUUGAGCCCGUCGAGGUUGCCAACGUCACCGUCGUCGAGGAGGGUAUCCUCGGUUCCGCGGGUGCGGUGUCCUCCGUCGCGGGCACAGACGUCAACGUCACCGCGGAUGAUAUGGCCGAGAUUGGCGAGGACGACACCGGCGACUGCGAGAUUCCCAAGUUCCGACUCGGGGACGUGGGCAACACCGGACCUAUUCCCCACUACUCCCCCGCGUGCAAGGCUUCCCCCUCGGUUGUCGCCAAGGCUCUCGGCACCAUUCACUCUGCGGGUAAGUUUGGCUCUCCCGUCGAUUUUGGCAACGACUCUGCGUGCAAGUCAUCCGCCAAGUCCAAGCGCUCCCGACGCAGUUCGCAGGGUGCCAUGCCCAUGGCCACCCCCGGCACCGUCGGCCGCCCCGCCGCGCCCGCCAACACCCCCGCCACCGGCCACAAGAACCCCGCGGUUGCCGCGCUCCUCAACCUCGAGGGAUACGCCGCGAACAUCGCGCAGACCCCCGGCGGACACGCCAAGCACAGCGCCGUCGCCCGCAUCCUCGCCGAGGAGGAGGAGAUCGCAAUGGAGGCUGUGAACUGCACCAUCGAGGAGGAUAUCGAGGGCGCCGAGGAGUUUGUCGCCGCCGCGGAGGCUGCCGCCGCCGCCGAGUACGCGGAGGCUGCCGCCGAGGCUGGCGCUCUCGCCGCCAAGGCCACCGAGGAGGACGACGAGGAUUUUGACUUUGACGAAGCCUUUGCCAUGGAUGCCGCCCUCGCCGCCGAGGCUGCCGAGGACGUCGAGGCUGCCGUCGAGAUCGAGAAGGUCCUCGAGGAGGUCGGCAAGUCUAAGACCCCCGAGAAGGUUGCCGAGUGGCUCGAGGCUAACCUCGCUGAGGUUGACGCCGUCGUUGAUGCCGCCGUUGCAUCCGCCGCCAAGUCCUCCGCCGCCAAGUCCGUCAUGUCCUCCGCCGCCAAGUCCACCCGCUCGAGGCGUUCAUCCGUCAACAAGGCGAUGUCCACCCCCGGUGUUGGUGUUGAUGCCGAGGAUGCGGCCAUGAUGUCCCCGCAACUCAACGAUAACCCUCUCCCCGCCAACUCGCCCCUCACCGAGCUCGUUAAGGCACGGGGCGGCAGCGCGGGGGGCAGGUCCUACGGGGGACUCUCCGCCAAGAUGGCGCAGCUCCACAAGGCUCUCCGCGCAACCCGCGCCGCGCUCGUCAAGGAGCGUCGCCGCGCCGACAUGUUCGAGAAGCUUUACAAGGAGACGUCUCAGCAGGCUGUAAACGCGGCGGAGGUUGCCGAGAUUGCCGCCGCCGAGGUCACGGCUGCCGUGCAGGCUGCCGCCGCCGCCGAAAAGAAGGUGAACGAGAUGAUGCCCGUGCAGCUCACCAUCACCGUGGCCAAGACGCCGGUCAAGAUCAUCCAGAAGGCUGCGACACCCGCCAAGGCUGUCACCCCCGCCAAGCCUGUGCAGCUCAACAUCACCGUCGCGAAGACCCCGCCGGUGCGUGUGGUUCACAAGACCCCGGUCAAGGCGGCUACCCCCCAGCAGCCGGUCACCCUGAGCAUCAACAUCGCCAAGACCCCGGUGAUUGUGCAGAGGGCCAGGACUCCCGCUAAGGAGAAGACCCCCGCCAAGCCCGUGCAGCUCAACAUCACCGUGGCCAGAACCCCAAAGGCUACCCCCAAGCUUGUCCCCCAAGCUUCCGCCAAGAAGGCCGUCACCCCCAAGGCUGCCACCCCGGUCGCCGCCGAGCCCGCCCCCGCGGCUGAGCUCGCCGCCGAGGAGGAGGUCGUGUGCGAAAAGGUCGAGGAGGAGGCUGACGAGCCGUGCAAGAUGUGCGGCUGCGCCGAUGAGGAGCAGGCGCUUCUCUGUGACGGGUGCGACGGAACUUUCCACUUGAAGUGCCUCAAGCGCAAGACCAUCCCCAAGGGUGACUGGUUCUGCAAGGGAUGCACCGCGGAGCGCAAGAAGGCGGCGGAUGAGGAGAAAAAGGCGGCGGCGGCGAAGCGCAAGGCGGCCGAGCCCGCCGAGGGUGCGCGCCGCAGCACCCGCUCAAGGAGGUGA